AUGGUACAGACUCAUGUUGAUGAGCAACCAAAGGGUGUGUCUCGGAAUCGUCCACCUGCACAUAUGAAUGGCGAUGAAGAAAAGGCUGGUAUUGGUUUACGUCUUGGUUUACAUAUCGUUGAGGAAACUUCAAAAGGGCGAAUUGCUGUUAUUGAUCCUAUGAAAAAGGGGCUGCAAGAUCUGGUCAGGGUGUCCCACUUGGUGUGUAGUGCAGGAAGUAUGGGAAGAAGCUACAAAGGUGAUUUCCAACGCUGGCAAUUGUUUCCAGGAACUUGUGAAGAUAAACCUGUAUUGGCAAAUCAAUUUUCUGCCUUCAUUUCCCGCCAAGAUGGUAGAAAAUAUUCCACAGUGUUACAUCCUGGGAAACCAGAUUUGCCGAAAACUCUGUUGGUGGAAAAUCUGAACUCACUGGAUAUCAUUCCAACUCCAAGCAGAACAGCAGAUGGUCAACCACCUGUAACUUUUGUGAUAGCAGCACAGGAGAAAGAAGAUAUCCUUAUCUCUGAAUGUCCUUACUUUGUGAUAUCUAGGAGCUCUGCAUCUGAUGAAUUCACAGCUAAAGAUAUGUGGAAUUAUGUGAAAGAGCAUGGAUCUUUUGAUCAUCUUGAUCCCAUCAAGACAUCGAUGUGCUCCAGACCAGGAUCAUCAAUAGGGGCAGCUAUUGCUGCUUCAGUUAAGCUGUCUCCCAAGGCAACCCAGGAUAUUUCAUUUUCACUUGCAUGGGCUUGUCCUGAAGUGAAGUUCUCUAGUGGGAAAACCUAUCAUAGGCGUUACACCAAAUUUUAUGGCACAGACGGUGAUGCAGCAGCAGCCCUUGCUCAUGAUGCCAUUCUUGAGCAUGCUUCCUGGGAGAGGCAAAUCGAGGAGUGGCAGAAUCCUAUUUUGCAAGAUGAGAGGUUUCCUGCUUGCAAAUUACUUUUCCUGAGAAUUAACUCAGAGACAUUAUCAGAUGGAUUGCCACCAAUUCAAAGCUUGACAGCAAUUGGCUGGAAAAAGUUUUCUCUUGACAUGUUAAAUGGUGAAUCUGAUGAUUUCAAUGAGAUGGUUCGACAGAAUAAUACUGCUUCUGAUAUUCUUCAUCGAAUGGCAUCAGUAUUUGAGAGGAUGCAUGCGUCUAUUGCAUCAAAUUCUGCUAUAGGAACAACUUUGCUUCAGGGUGAAGAGAACAUUGGCCAGUUUCUAUACCUCGAGGGCAUCGAGUAUUAUAUGUGGAACACGUAUGAUGUUCAUUUUUAUGCAUCAUUUUCACUGAUCAUGUUGUUUCCAAAACUCCAACUUAGCGUCCAGAGAGACUUUGCUGCUGCUGUUAUGAUGCAUGAUCCUGAAAAGCUCAGGAUCUUGCAUGAUGGAAAAUGGGCUGCAAGAAAAGUGCUCGGCGCUGUUCCUCAUGAUCUUGGGUUAUAUGACCCAUGGUUCAAAAGAUGUUGUAAUACAGGCGACAAAUCCUUUGCUCGAGCUGUUUGGCCAUCAGUUUAUAUAGCAAUGGCAUAUAUGGAGCAAUUUGACAAGGAUAAAGAUGGGAUGAUAGAAAAUGAGGAUUUCCCAGAUCAAACAUAUGACGUGUGGUCGAUGGCUGGUAUAAGUGCAUACUGUGGUGGUCUUUGGGUGGCUGCUCUUCAGGCAGCAUCGGCCUUGGCACGUGAGGUUGGUGACAAAGCUUCUGAAAAGCUUUUUGGGACAAAUAUGAGAAGGCCAAGUCUGUCUAUAGCAAGCUGUGGAAUGGUUCUUACUUCAGUUAUGAUGAUGGUGACAACAAAGUAUGCCAAAGCCUGUGGUCUCUUCCCAAUUGUUGACAAAGAUAAAGCACAAAGUGCACUAGAGAAGAUAUAUUCUUUCAAUGUGAUGAAGUUCAAGGGUGGUACAAGGGGAGCUAUGAAUGGGAUGUGGCCAGAUGGCACUGUGGACAUGUCUGCAAUGCAGUCUAGGGAGAUAUGGCCAGGGGUGACAUAUGCACUAGCUGCAAGCAUGAUUCAAGAAGGCAUGGUUGAGCAGGGAUUUAAAACAGCUGAAGGGAUCUAUCAUGCUGCCUGGUCUCCAGAAGGACUUGGGUACUCAUUCCAAACUCCUGAAGCCUGGAACAACGACGACGAGUACAGGUCCUUAUGCUACAUGCGCCCGCUUGCCAUAUGGGCAAUGCAAUGGGCACUCUCAAACCCGAAGCUCCACAACACUCCUCAGGCAGAUAUACCCCAGGAUUCAUUCCCCAAGAACCAGUUUGCCUACGCGCGGAUCACAAAGCUCCUGCAGCUGCCUGAAGACGAAUCAUCCAAGAGCUUCCUCCGAGUGGUGUACGAGAUCAUCCGGAACAGGUUUAGGUCCUGA